AUGUAUCCCCACGAACAGCAACCCCAGACCCAGUCAUCUCGCAGUUCCUUUUCCGAUAAGGGGAAAGACAGCCAGGAUAGCGGGGAUGAUAUUGUCCCCGCAUUUGGGCUCACUGGAGCCGAGAAAGAAACGGGGUCCAUACGCUCAGACGGAAGACGCGAGUUGAAGGAGAACGACUGCUACGAUGAGCUGGCCUACUGCUGGCCGAGAUGGAAGAAAUGGUCGUAUCUUGCGGCCAUAGCAUGCGUCCAAAUAUCUAUGAACUUUAACACCUCUGUUUUUCCAAAUGCUGUCAAGCCGUUGUCAGAGGCAUUCAAUAUUGGGGAGCAGGAAGCCCGGACCGGGCAGAUGAUUUACCUGAUCACCUAUUCCAUUGGAUGUGAACUAUGGGCGCCUUGGAGUGAAGAAUUUGGUCGCUGGCCUAUUCUCCAGCUUUCCAUGUUCCUUAUCAACAUCUGGCAAAUACCAGCUGCCUUGGCGCCGAAUUGGGGCACUAUUGUUGUUGCUCGUGGAUUGGGUGGAAUCUCGACCGCUGGCGGUAGUGUCACCCUAGGUCUUAUUGCUGAUCUCUACGAAGCCGAAGACCAGCAGUUCCCUCUGGCAUUUAUUGUCUUAUCGUCUUGCAUCGGAACAAGUAUUGGAGGUGUCAUAGGUGGGCCGAUUGAGCGCUACCUUGACUGGCAAUGGUUCUUCUGGAUCAUGUUGAUCUUCGGCUUCGUUGUCGAAGCAAUCCUCCUCUUCGUCCCCGAAAGCCGCUCGACAAUCAUCAUGGAUCGCGAAGCCAAGCGCCGCCGUGAAUCUGGCGAAGACCCGAACAUCUACGGACCCAACGAGCUCAAAAGCCCCCGCAUCUCCCUCAAAGAAGCCGGCAAGAUCUGGAUCCGUCCCUUCUACAUGUUCCUCCGCGAACCGAUCGUCCUAUGUCUCUCCCUCCUAUCCGGAUUCUCCGACUCCCUCAUUUUCACCUUCCUGGAGAGUUUCUCUAUCGUGUACGAAAAGGGCUGGGGCUUCGGUAUCCUCGGACAAGCCUGGGCCGUCAUCCCGAUCAACAUCGGCUACGUUAUUGCGUACUUCUCAUACUUCCCUUGGUUCUGGCGGGACCAGAAAAUCCGCGACGCGAAGGGAGACGAUGCACUACCUGCUGAGCGGAGACUCAAGUGGCUUCUUUAUCUAGCGUUGCUUGAACCGAUAGGGCUGUUCGGCUUCGCGUGGACGUCCCUGGGUCAAGAGUAUGGUGUGCCGUGGAUCGCAUCCAUGAUUUUCUCCACCCUUGUCGGUAUCGCCAACUACGCUAUUUAUCUCUCGUCGGUUGAUUACAUGGUCGCUGCGUACGGUGUGUACUCUGCUUCUGCAACGGGCGGUAAUGCUUUCUGCCGCGAUUUGCUGGCCGGUACUGCGGCUAUGUAUACCACCCCGAUGUAUGAGAAUAUCGGAGAUAAGUGGCAUGUGGAGUAUGCUACUACUAUCCUGGCUUGUCUUUCGUGCUUGGUGGUGCUUCCAAUUUACAUCUUCUACUGGAAGGGACCGCAAAUUCGCGAGAGGAGCAAAUUUGCCCAGACGCUGGCGUCGGAUCGGAAGGCUAACCAGGGUCAUCGGGUUAGUAAGGAGGAUGCUGCACCAUGAGAAGAUGAUAAGGUUUGCAGUUAAGUUUGGAA